UGAAGAUUCUUGAAAGGUCGCAGAGAGCAUUGUAAAAUUAAUUCUGCAAAUAAAGCACUCGGUGCAUAUUUAAAAGGACCAGCUAUGUUCCAGCAGAUUGUCCUACGAACAAACAAAAAGCCAGGCAGUCAACAUGGAAAUCUUGAGAAACCAUCCUUAAGUGAUCAGCCACCUUGCAACACUGAUCUUGGAGACGACAUGAUCAGUAUUCAAGUGGGCGAGGGCUCUAGAGCCACAGAAUUCAUGGUACCCAAGGGCCCUUCAUGUCGAAGAGUUCCAUUCUUCAACGCCAUGUUCAAUCAGGGAUGGCUUGAAAGCGCCACACAGUCAUGCACCCUACCAGAUGAUGACCCGGAAGCUUUCUCAAUCCUCAUGCACUGGGUAUUUGAUGUCCCUCACGAGGCACCAGUAACGUUCACUCUCAGUGGUUUCCAGAAACAUCCCGAAACUUACAUAAAUCUAGCUAUCCUUGCCGGCAAAUACCUCAUCGAUGAUUUACCUGAUCUCAUCGAAGCGAGAUUAAUUCAGAAAGAUCUAACCCGGCUCAACGAUCCAUGUUAUGAACUCCCAAAAUCAUCAUGGUACAGAUUAGCAUGGGAGCUAUUACCUAUAGUCCCCAUACUCCGAAAAUAUUACAGCACCCAGAAAGCAUCUCACCAAUUUGUAUAUAUUAACGGUAUACUAGUAAACCCACACACUUGUCACGUACCUAGAAAAAUUCUUAGAGAAUGGGAGAAGAUGUUUGCGGGCCGGGGAAACACCAGUCAAGCACUCCGAAAGUUCCGAAUCUUCAGAUACAUGGAAGACAGGAACUCGUCUGGCAAUGAAAUUCCGAACCUCGCUUGGAGAUAUCAGGACAUGUGUGACUAUCUGGACCAUAUUUCCUGUUCAACAACCGUGUCAGAUGAAGGAUUCCUACGAUUUUUUUGGCGCCCCGUAAGAAUGACGCGAAGAAAUUUGUUGGCUUGGUGGAGCAUUCCAACCAAUGCAUAUUCAUCGAUAAAUAGGGGGUAG